GUUUUUAGGGAGAAAGAAAACUUGCUACUAGAACUUUAGCGAAAACAUACAAUGACGCCUGGAAUCAAGGCAACGGAUUCUUUCAGAAAACGGAAAGUUGACCUUCAUAUCACAAUAGUUCAACAAUAGCUGCAUGGUGUUUGAUAUGGGAUAUGCGCGAAUAUAAUGCACAUCAACAACACAUAUUGUUAUACUCUUUGUGUUGUUCCUAUUGUACCAUAUUUCAGGCGAAGUAGCUGCUUUGUUAUAGAUAAAUCAUACGGGCUUAGGGCGUGCGUGCGAAUGAAUGAAACUCCUUAACAACGGAGGGCACUCAACGUGAAGAAGUAUGAAGGGUACUCUCAUUGGAGUUAAAGAAAACUACCAAGAGACCUUCCGUGUCAUGUCAACAGACAUGGCGGUGGUGUAGCAAGGACCGACACAGUAUGACACCUCUAUCAUCAGUAAAAGUCUACACGAAGAGAACAAGGGUGUUACCACUAUAGCCUGAUGCGAAAUGAAGUUUCUCAAAUUCUACGCGGCUUUAGCUCUGUUGGGAGCUAUCGCUUGUUUCAUCCUUGUGAGGAAGGUCUCUCCCAGGGACUUGAACUUCAGAUUGGGUUGGUAUCCGACCACGUCACGGCGUCUCAGUGCAAAUGGCGACGGGAGCCCGGGGAACGACAUCCGUGUCAAAGAGUGGUUGCGAAAUAAGACUAGUGAGGCCAUCCAUUCUCCUCACAGAAAGGAGCCGAAUCCGGGUGUUUCCGCAACGUCUAAGAAAAAUAACGAACGAGGUAUCGUCGCAGUAAAGUCAACUCCUCUGAAGAUAUCUAACCCGCUUCCACAAGCGAACGGUAAACCCGUCGGUAGGCCAGUCGCUUUAAAGCAAACCCCACAGAACGCGGAGACAGUGGUUACGCUGCCGAAGACACUCAACGUCGGAGGUGGUCCCAGAAACAACAUCAAUCCGCACGAUUACAGACUACUUCUAGACGAACCGCGUGCUUGUUUAGAUAAAGCAGGAACUCCCAAGAAAGUUUUUUUGCUGGUGUUUGUAACCAGCAUUCACGCACACAUCGAGCAGCGACAGGCCAUUCGCGAGACCUGGGGAAGCCCGCGGGAGGUGAGGGGCAAGGGGAUUGUCACGCUGUUUCUGUUUGGGUACAAUGGAAACGCGAACCUUCAGCGACAGCUGGAGGAGGAGUCUAGAAAGCACCACGAUGUGCUCCAGGAGGACUUCCAAGACGCCUACAGGAACCUGACGCUGAAGACCAUCAUGGGGAUGAAGUGGGCCAGUACGCACUGUCCCCAGGCCUCCUACGUCAUGAAGACGGACGACGACAUGUACAUCAGCUACGACAAUCUCAUCAAGCUCCUCACCAAUGCCGCAACCCCGUCUACAAACUACGCAGUUGGGUAUCUCAUCACAGGAGGCACUCCCUUUCGAGACCCUGCCAACAAAUGGUACAUGCCAAGGGAGAUGUAUCCGAAAUCAUCUUACCCAACCUUCCUCUCAGGAACAGGCUACGUUGUGUCGGGUGAUGUGGCUAGGAAAGUCUACGAGAGGUCGCUUCAGACCAAAUACUUACACCUGGAAGACGUUUAUGUAGCCGUGUGCAUGGAAGCGUUGAAUAUCACACCCCGUGGGGACGCCAAUUUUCACAACUGGCAUCUCCAGUAUUCCUUUCGUAAUUACUGCAGGCUGAUAAGCUCCCACUGGGCGCCCCCUCAGGAAAUGCGUAGAAUAUGGAGCGAACAGCAACGCCGUGGGCCCUGCUAGUGGCUCUAAUGAAGAACUGUUCUCGUGGCUGGGCUUCACUGUCCUGUUCAAGUGUUUAAACAAAGAAACAUUUUCCUCUGCACAGCAAUUUUUUUCGGAACUUCAUAGGGCCUACUCCUCUUUUAAGAAAACUUUAUUUUGUUAUUAUUUAUUAAAAUAUAUUUUGACAUCUCUUUUGGCAAAGCGCAUCUUUUAAACGUUAGUCAGGGAAGACGCUGUUUAUUUUGUUUGUGUUAAUCAAAAAUCGUGAAACCAACAUUUGCCUGUGACAAACAUUGCUGAGAAAGUGUUACACAUUUGUUUAUUGCCAUAUGCUUUGGAUCAAUGAAUCACCAAGAAAAGGGAACUUUGCCCACCAAAAUAUAAAAGUUCUACGUUUUAGUGCACAGAUCCCUAGCGUGGCAUGCGGAGUCUAAUUUUGAACGUGACGUGCAACUGGGCACAUUUUGUUCAUACUCAGUACAUCAGUUUCUUUGAAGUUCCAGAUCAAUCCGACAGAGGGUUCUAAUAAAGAGGGCCAUAGUUCAUGUUCUCGUACGUGCAUUAAGCACUUUUAAUCAUGAAAAGUUCACAUCAUUGGCAUUGACCUUCACAAGACCAGAGAAGACCAGUACCAGACUAACACGAGACCACCAGUCCGAAUUCAAGUCAGAAGCUACUCAAAUGAACUGCAACAAAAGUAUUCCCUUGUCACUGUUACUCGUGCAUGGUCUUGUGUCUGGUCAUGUGGCCUCGACUACAACACCCCCAAACAUCUGUGAAAAAUAUGUGACAAUGUGAGAGAAACGUACAAGGAGGUGGCUUCUGCUCCGGUUCUUUUCAAGCUAACUUGAAUCUAGCUGGAAUGAGUUUUCCCUGACAUAAUUCUUUCGUAAUGUUUGUAAUACUCAUAUUCAAUGUAUGAAAACUAUGUGAAAUCUCUAUUAGAUUGAAUGUAUUGAAAAUGUGCCUUUUUUACCUGUCAUGCUUGACAACCAAGGUUGUCUGCGAGGUUGUUGUAACGUUAUUGCAGGAAGACAUGAUUAAUUGCAUCUAUUUUUCUGACGUGAACCCGGAACUUACUCAGUGAAAACGUUUCUGACAAAGGGUUGAUCGCUUGCUCAUUGAUAUGUACUUACACAACGAGUCACGAAAAGAGACUAUAGGCCAGCAAACCUGUGUAAUAUUGAGUUUUUGACCCUGGGCUGACAUUACAGUUUCGCUUAUAAAUGUGUUACUCACUAGCAUAAAACGAAAAAGGCAAGGAAACAGCCUUUGAAACGGUGAACCAAAAUGUUUGGAAAUCCGAUUAACUGAGAUGCAAAGGUGCAUUUUGAGGUUUGUUGUCCAAAGCUUAUCCUUCGAGAUUCGGUUGUUCGGCUGUUGGCAGGAGACUGUAAUACACGUACUUGACUUAAGUUGCAUUUAAUACGCAGAAAAUCAGCACCAUUUCAGCUAAUAAUUAGCUUGAACAUGUUGUUUCGUAUUCGUCAUUCACAAGGUAUGAAAUACCUGGAAAAAAAGAGUAGUGGGAAAGAUACCACUUCUGGGAUAGGAACUUUUAUCGUCGAAUAUAUGUAUAUGUAUGUUAAACGAAGUAGCCUGAUUCUGUUUAUUACCAAGAUUACACUAGUUAAUUGAAUUGUUCUUUAGGCUAGGGUUGGACGGGGUUAAGUUUGGUUGAGCUAGGAUGUGAAGAUAAUAUCAAUUAAUAUAGAAUAAUUGAGCAAUAUUGUUAAAGAUCUCAUUCUGGUGAUGUCACUGCUCCUACUUACAACAAUACUGUGUUUGAUGGAUAAAAGAGUUUUGAUGAUUUAAAGGUGUUUCAUCUUGAGUUUUUUACCCACACGAUGUAUUUCUUUCUUUGUCGGUUUCAAGUUCUAGGUAAUUUAAUUUAAUCCAAGUUAAAAAGAAGAAAUAUUGUUUCUGUAGUGAUCGAUGUAUAGGUUGUUUUGCUUGCAACUAACCCAUAAGAGCCAUCGACCUGGCAUGGUUACUAUGAAACAUCUUUUAAUAUCUUUGUAAGUUCUUGUGUUAUUGAUCACAAUAAAUUAAUAAUUUGACUAAUUA